AUGCUUGACGUGUCCUCAGCACCGGCCCCCGCUAGUCACUCUGUCGUGAGAGAAUUGUUGAAACCGAGAUUCGCCCACCGAGUUCCAAAUGCCGUGCCACCAGAUCGUGUCCCAGAGGUCAUUCCUGAAAAGCGUGUGGAGCCUGAGAUCGCCCUGACCACUCCGAGUGCUGCCACGUCUGUCAAUCUCAAUAAACCCAAGGAUGUUUUGGGCCCAUCUCAGCCACUUGAACCAAAGCUGCUCGAGCGCACAGAGAUUCCGAACACACCAUCACAACGGUCGAGCCAGUUUGACAGUUCUAUACCCGAGCAUUUACCAGAAAACCUUCCCAACGCCCGUGUCUCCCAACAAAACACCUCUACGCAAGAUGAUGAGGAUGCAUUGGCCCUCGAUGAUCUGAGCCACACUCACAACCAGGUCCCCUUCACAGCUCUUUGCUCGGGAUGUCGAAAACAGACAGCAUUAGUCAAGGCCGGAGAGAAAGAUGCUCAUUGUUUCCUCAACACAUGUUCCGCCCAUGUCAGAGGACAAGCCUGGGUCAACAACGGCCAAGACCAGCCCCUUGUCCUGUUCCGAUCCAGAUCGGGCAAAGAUCCUGCCGGAUAUAGGGAAGAUACCCCAGCUCCAGAUGCCUUGGUCACUUCACAAGAAACCUCCCUUGAGCAGAGUGCGCCGAUAGAAGUAACGUCGAUUGCUGAAACUCUUGGCCAGAAGACCAUGUCACCCAACGAGAUAAUCCCGGAACGUUCAUCGUCCAACAGCGCAUCAGUACCACGAGUCAAUGAGCCGCGAGAGCGCUCUGUCCAACCCGCUGAGACGUCAGAUCUCGACGACUUAGCACGAACGUCCGGUCCCUAUGUUUUUCGUUCCGGCUCAACACAUAAUUCAGAUCUGCUAGGAGAAGACGAAUCUCGGAAUCCGGGAUCCACUAUUCCUGAACCUACCGAAGUGGGUACGCACAUGUCGCCUAAGCACCCUUCUACCAAUUGUUUGCCGGAUCGAGCUGCCCCUGCAGCGGCCAAGGAACAAGAGUCAGCGGUUUCAAAGUCGAAUGAGACGGUUGAAAGAGAUUCCAAUAUCUUUGAAAGCCCAAUCGAAGCACACUCAGGUCCGUCUAUACCAACGAAGCGUCACACAAACCGCGAUUUAGCUAGGAUAGCCCUGGUGUGUGCACAAGGCACAGGUAUGACCGCGUUGGAGAUAAUCGACUGGCUGGCUUUGAGAUUCUCCUACUUGAAAAAAGGCCAAGGCGCCUGGGAGAAGAGUCUUAAGUCAGUUCUCUCCCAUCAACCUGAGUUCUACGGCGUGAAGCCUUCAGGACGGCCAUAUGAACGGGUUGUGUACAACUUUACUAGCACAGCCAAUAGGGCGAAAUACGAGGAAGAGUACCACGAGUACCUUCCUUUGCCUCCAGUACUGGGACCCCAGGACGGUCACGGGAAUGCCAUGAAGAUUACAUUACAGCGUGCUGUAGCGGACAAUGUCAUGCAGAACGAGGGAAUCCAGGAUGAACAGCCAACGCAGAUCAAGAGAAGAACUACCCGAGCUAUCAAGAGUGCACCAAGCCGCCGGAAUGCUAUAACUCACGAUUCUCUACCGACACCAAUGAUGGAGGAGGUUAGUACAGAUGUUGAACCAGGAUACAACCCAUUCGAGCGUGCUACUGUCUCACGUCUGACAAGGGCGCCUGUCGACGAUCUCGAAGCCCAACGCGGAACGGACUUCCGGAGUGCAUACUCGCCCAAUAUAGCGCCGUCAAUUGAGACCAUGACAUCGGAAGAGAAGGCUGCAAAGAUUGAAGAGAUCAAGGCUAGGCCAUCACGGAAGCAAUUCUUUGGAGCGAACUGGCGUUUGGCACAUGUGCGAAAAUACGGGCGGGAGGAUAUUCAUGAUGAAAGCGAUGGUGCAUGGAAGUCUCAUCACACAGCGGAGAGAUCAACGGCGGGUCGCGACUCUGCUCCGAACGAUCGCGAUGAGAAUCAGUCUUUGCUACAGGUCUUCAAUCUUCCGACCAAUACUCGCCCUUUCAGUGACGGCAACGAACUGGUUUUUCGAAAUGUUACGUUGGUUAAUGGUCGACUGCCCCGCUCGCGGCAGGCAUAUCGAGUGGGCAAAGUGUUUGGGGGAGAGCUCACUAUCAACUGA